AUGGCAGGUGAAGACGAUACAGGGGGCACGUCGAGGCAGCUCGAUCAAACACCGACAUGGGCAGUUGCUGGUGUAUGUGCAGUCAUCAUACUCGUCUCUAUUGCCUUGGAAAAGAUUCUUCACAAAGUUGGAACGUGGUUAACAGAAAGGCAUAAGAAAGCUCUUUAUGAGGCUUUGGAGAAGGUCAAAGCUGAGUUGAUGAUACUUGGUUUCAUCUCGUUGAUCCUUGUCUUCAGUCAGUAUUACAUUGCUGGAUUCUGUAUACCUUAUCAUGUUGCUGAUACCAUGUUGCCCUGUCCUCUGAACAACAAAGCUGAUAAGGAAGCACCUCAUCGUAGACUUUUAUGGUACGAGCGUAGAGUAUUAGCUGCAGGUAAAGAGCCUACGUGCAAGGAGGGGCACACAGCGCUUAUAUCAAUCAAUGGGCUGCAUCAGAUACACAUUCUUAUAUUUUUUCUAGCAGUACUUCAUGUGAUUUAUAGUGCUGUUACUAUGGCACUUGGAAGACUAAAGAUUCGAGGCUGGAAACAAUGGGAGCAGGAGACCUCGUCACAUGAUUAUGAGUUUUCAAAUGAUCCUUCAAGAUUCAGGCUUACUCACGAGACAUCUUUUGUGAAAUCACACACAAGUUUUUGGACUAGGAUUCCGCUCUUCUUUUAUAUUGGAUGCUUUUUUCGACAAUUUUUUAGGUCCGUCAACAAGUCCGACUACUUAACCCUUCGCAAUGGGUUUAUCGCUGUUCAUUUAGCACCUGGAAGCAAAUUUAACUUCCAGAAAUAUAUCAAAAGGUCACUAGAAGAUGACUUCAAAACAGUUGUAGGAGUCAGUCCAGUGUUAUGGGGAUCAUUUGUGGUGUUCUUGCUACUAAAUGUUAGUGGGUGGCAGGCAUUGUUUUGGGCAUCCUUAAUUCCUCUAUUUAUAAUCUUGGCCGUUGGCACAAAACUUCAAGCCAUUUUGACAAGAAUGGCUCUUGAAAUAACAGAAAGACAUGCAGUGGUACAAGGUAUUCCUCUUGUACAAGGAUCAGACAAAUACUUUUGGUUUGGUCGGCCUCAGUUGGUUCUUCACCUUAUCCACUUCGCAUUGUUUCAGAAUGCCUUCCAGGUUACAUAUUUUUUAUGGAUAUGGUAUGAAUUUGGGCUAAAAUCUUGCUUCCAUGACAAUUUCAAGCUCGUAAUUGCAAAAAUCGCGUUAGGGGUGGGAGUCCUAUGUUUGUGCAGCUACAUUACACUUCCUCUUUAUGCCCUUAUAGCUCAGAUGGGUACACAUAUGAAGAAAUCUAUAUUUGAUGAACAAACAUCCAAGGCCCUAAAGAAGUGGCAUAUGGCUGUGAAGAAAAAGCAAGGAGGGAAAGGAGGAAGGUCUCCUAGAAUGCUGGGAAGUGGAAGUCCAACUUCUUCCAUGGGUUCACCUGGACCUACACUUCAUCGUUUCGAAACUACGGGACACUCGACCCAUUUCUCGAGAUAUGAGGAACACGGUGAAUCAUCGGACCUAGAGGCGGAUCCAUCGGUACAUAUGGAAAAAACUUCCAGCUUAAUUGUAAGAGUUGAACGUGAUGGUACAGAAAAUCACAGGAGUAUACCCCAUAAUGGAGAAGAAAGUAAAAAUGAAGAUUUCUCAUUUGACAAGCCUGCCCCCCUUCAUUGA